GCCAACCGUGACACUCAAGAUCUCGCGAGAACUUAUUAUCUGGCAUACUGAUGUUAAUGUUUAAACUUGAUAAAGUUGAUAAGAGUGGAAAAUUCUAAUCAUAUUUGUGGGUGACCUCCCUUGAGCGUGUUGCCAUUUUAUUACAAGUUACUCCAACACUGAGUUUAUCCAAGUUAAUCAAUAAUUUUCAACAUGAAGUUACAAGUUGCCAUAGGAUUAGUUAUAUUCGCUGUUAUUACCCAUCAUACAGUUGAAAGUUUGGAUUGCCUACAAUGUGUUGGAGUAGGUUAUAAUGACUGUGGUGGUAGAUGGGGGCGAGAAGACGAGAUGGGGGCUAUGCCCUGCCCUCCUGAGUUCGAAUGGUGCUUUGUAGCAAGAGAAGAUAGGGAAGAAGGCAGAUACACCCACGUUGCGUAUGAGCGUGGUUGCAGUCUCGUGUCUCGCGGUAACUACUGUGAUCUCGGUGAAGAAAAUGGCGAAGCACUGAACACCUGUUACUCUUCUUGUCAACAAGAUGGCUGUAAUCGUGACAACGGAUCUACUACACUUCAAAUUUCAGCGUUCGCCGCGUUUUUGACUAUUUUUGUAUUUGCUAUAUUUGUGUUUUGAGCUGAAAUUAUUGACACUCGGACGUUUUGAAAUCAUUGUGCAAGCUCGGUUCUGAACAAAUACAUUUCCCAGAAAAAAAAAUCAAGAUAUAAUAACACAUCAAAUGUAUAUACUAGUAGCUUGUGUUACGUGUAUGAUUGCGCAUGAGCAGACAUCACUUGUAUGUCGACUCGACGUCUUAUGAUUUGUGCCCUCCGAUGGUGGAAUAAUUUUGUAGUCUAAUACACAACCCCACGAAGCAUACGUGACUGUUAUCACCACUCAUUGUUUUAUGGGCAGUUUGUAGACCUGACAUGAAUAUGUAGAUAUUACUUGUGUGAUUUUAAAAUGAAUGUGACGCCAUCUUUGAAAUGAAAUAAAUAUUAGUACAGGUAAAUCGUUUUAAAAGUUGUUAUAAAAGUUGCCAAUUCAUGGUUUUGUCAAAAUAUACAUUUAUUGUGAUCUAAUAUCAUAUUUUAUUAAUAGCCAUUGACUGUUAACAUCGCAAUAUGAAGAUUAUUCCUGUUUGUAUAAGUUUAGUUCACUACCGAUGUGUUUUGUAAUUAGUCAUGAAUCUGUCAUGAGUCUGUCACGUGACUGUGAUCAGUCUGUCAGCAGAGAGUCGGGCCUCCACCAUGUGUAUUUAUAUUUUUAAACACAAAGUGAAGGGGACAUUGACGCACUAGUACGCUCAUCACAGAAAUAUUCAUCCCAAAUCUAGGACUGUGUUAAAUAAUAUAUCAUAAACAAAUUGUCUUGUUGUUGUCUGUUAUUUUAUUUGUUUUCGAUAUUCUAUUUCAUUAAAGUACUGUAAAAUACUUUAUUUUCGC